CCGUGUGUAGACGGCACUGGCGUGGUUUCCGGGUUGAUGUGGAAUGUAUGUCCAGUUUUUCAGUAUCGCUCCCGAUAUAGGAAUUACUGAGCACCUGCAGCACCAGUGUUUUAUUUUUCGUUGGUUGUGCCACUAACUAGCAAGAAUGAAUUUUUUGAGAGGAGUGAUGGGUGGACAGGCUACUGGAAGUCAACCUUCUGGAGCUGAAACAAUACAUAAAUUAUGUGACAGAGUGGCCUCAUCCACCUUAUUGGAUGACCGCAGGGAUGCAGUACGGGCCUUGAAAUCCUUAUCAAAGAAAUAUCGAGUAGAGGUUGGUAAUCAAGCUAUGGAUCAUCUCAUUCAUGUCCUGAAAACAGAUCGCUCAGACUCCGAAAUAAUUGGCUAUGCUUUAGAUACUCUCUACAACAUUGUAUCCAGUGACCUUGAAGAAGAGGAGCAAGCAGAUUCUGAAGAGGAGAACACAACAAAGCACAGCGAUGAUGUGGGAAGCCAGUUUGCUGAAAUAUUUAUGAAGGACCAAGAAAACGUAACACUUCUGCUCUCUAUUUUAGAGGAGUUUGAUUUUCAUGCUCGUUGGCCUGGAGUAAAGUUGCUGACAGCACUUUUGAAGCACCAAGGAUCUCAGGUUCAACAGAUAAUUCUGGUUAGCCCAAUGGGUGUGUCACGACUAAUGGAUUUGUUAGCUGACUCAAGAGAAGUAAUCCGUAAUGAUGGUCUUUUACUAUUACAGCAGCUUGCAAAAGGGAAUGCAGCAAUUCAGAAAAUUGUGGCAUUUGAAAAUGCUUUUGAACGACUGUUGGACAUCAUAACAGAAGAAGGCAACAGUGAUGGAGGUAUUGUGGUUGAAGACUGUCUUCUUUUACUGAAUAACUUAUUGAAGAACAACAAUUCGAACCAAAAUUUCUUUAAGGAAGGCUCAUACAUCCAGCGCAUGAAGCCAUGGUUUGAAGUGGGAGAUGACAAUUCUGGGUGGUCUGCGCAAAAAGUGACAAAUCUUCAUCUCAUGCUGCAGUUAGUAAGAGUGUUGGUAUCACCUGUCAACCCACCCGGUGCCACUAGCAGUUGUCAGAAAACAAUGUUCCAGUGUGGCCUGCUACAACAACUAUGCACUAUUCUUAUGGCAACGGGAGUUCCUGCUGACAUACUAACAGAAACAAUAAACACAGUUUCAGAAGUAAUUAGAGGAUCUCAAACAAACCAAGACUAUUUUGCCUCUGUCAGUGCACCAUCAAAUCCUCCCAGGCCAGCAAUUGUGGUUCUUUUAAUGUCGAUGGUGAAUGAACGGCAACCAUUUGUCCUUCGCUGUGCUGUUCUUUAUUGCUUCCAGUGCUUCCUGUACAAAAAUCAGAAAGGACAAGGAGAAAUUGUAGCAACUCUUCUGCCUUCUACUAUUGAUGCUAACUCAAUAUCAGCAGGCCAGCUGUUGUGUGGAGGCCUCUUUUCGCAGGAUUCUCUGUCAAACUGGUGUGCUGCUGUGGCGUUAGCACAUGCUCUUUUGGAGAACUCGACACAGAAGGAACAACUGCUGAGGGUGCAGCUGGCGACAAGCCUCGGAAAUCCUCCAGUUUCUCUGUUGCAACAAUGUACUAACAUUCUUUCACAGGGCGAUAAGAUCGACAGACGGGGAAGUAAAGUGCAGACCAGAGUUGGCCUGUUAAUGCUGCUAUGCACAUGGUUAAGUAAUUGUCCCAUUGCAGUCAUGCACUUUUUACACAAUCAAGCCAAUGUUCCAUUUCUGACAGCACAGAUAUCUGAAAACCUCAGUGAAGAUGAGCAUCUAGUUCAAGGCUUGUGCGCUCUUCUCCUGGGAAUCUGCAUCUACUUUAAUGACAAUUCACUCGAAAACUACACAAAAGAAAAGCUAAAGCAAUUGAUUGAAAAACGAAUUGGAAAGGAAAAUUUUAUUGAAAAACUGGGUUACAUCAGCAAACAUGAACUUUACUCUAAGGCUGGCCAGAAACCACAACCCAGCUUUUCUACACCAGAACAGAUGCUAUUUGACCAUGAAUUCACUAAAUUAGUCAAAGAAUUAGAAGUUCUGAUAAUAAAGUCUAUACACAAGUCCAGUGAGGAUGAGAAGAAAGAGGAAGAAGUGAAGAAAACACUAGAACAACACGACAGUAUAGUGACACAGUACAAAGAGCUCAUUCGUGAACAGGAUACACAGAUUAAUGAAUUAAACCAGCAGGUAAUGUCACUGACAAGCCAGAAUGAGCACCUUCAGUCAUCAGUAAUGCAGCAACAGUUACAGAUUCAACAACACAAAGAUCAAUACAACCUUCUGAAAGUUCAGCUAGGAAAGGACAGUCAUCACCAUAAUUCCCACAAUGAAACAGUACAAGUAAAUGGUAUCCAGUCAGAAGAGGUGUGUUCACUAAGAGAGCAGGUUGAAGAUUUAAAAAAGCAAACAGAGAUACUUAAAGGACAACUAGAAGAACGGGAUUAUGUGAUCGAAAGCCUGCACAGUGGUCAGUUAGCUGUCAUGCCAAGAGAACAGACUGCUUCUGAUGGUAUCACAGAGGAUCAGACUUCACAUCUCCGUAAGGAACUGGAAAGUUUGCAGUCUCAACUACAGUCACAGUCUGCACAGAUCAGUAAAUUGCAGAAUGAGAAACGGGAGCUGCGCCACAAACUUGAAAAAGCUACUGCAGCUACAUCUUCAGCUUCAGGAGACAGUGGUGGAACAGCAAACUCAUCAGAUUCCGAGGUUAAAAUUUUAGGUCUUAAAAAAGAUGUAGACAGAUUAAAGGAAGAUGUGAAAGCGCUGACCGAGUCAAAAGCCUCUAUGGAACAACAGUUAGCUUCUGCAAACAGCACCAUUGCCAUCUUACAGACUGAUAAGAGCAAACUACAGACUGAACUGUCAGAGUCGAAAAAGGAACAGGAUGACCUUCUUGUUCUGCUGGCAGACCAGGAUCAAAAAAUCUUAGCACUGAAGAGUAGACUAAAAGAACUCGGAGAACCAGUUGAUGAUGAAGAUGAGAUGGAGUCUGGUGACCAAGAUGAUGAUGUUGACGAUAGCCAUGGUGAUGAUGAUGAAGAGGAUGAACAGAGUUGAUUACAGUAGAAAAAAAAUAUCCUGAGAAAGAACAACAGUGCAUUGUAAUAAAAAUGGUAUUGCUGAUGCUGUCUUCUGUGGUUUUGAGAGGCUGAGCAAAUUUUUAUAGAGGGCCUUUAAACUGUCCCUGUAGUACAUCAUCUCUCUUAGAGAAAUUAAAACAAGGCUUCUCAUAUUUUAAUGGCCCAUUAGCAAUUUUUUAUUCAUUCUGUAAAUUGUUUAUUAACAUUUGCCUCCACCAGUUUUGACUGUCUUUCAGUGUAACACUUGACACUGCUGCAUUUUUGUUGUUGUAGUUGUUCAUUAUUGAAGUGUUAUACUUGUUUUUUUUGCCUUCAUAAACAGAAUUGAAUAUUUUUAGUUCAGGUUUAUUAUGCUACUACUGUGUGGUAGUGUAAUGUGCAAGCAUACGUUUUUAAACCACUAGAGUGGUAGUUCUCUUUUCUGCUGUCGUCCAAUACUUCAGACAUUGUUCUAGCACUGUGAAUAAGGAUUUACAGUAUAUCAAUGCAUUCCUUGCCAGUAGAAAAUCAUUUAAAAUGUCUCUGUAACUUCACUUAUUCUUGUGUAUCCUAUAUAACUGAUACUCUAGAGUAAGAUGUGUUUGCAGAGUUGUGUGCCUUCACUCCUGAAAUAUCUGUGUUAUGUACCCAAGAAGGAGACACAGAGACAGUGCAGCAGUCCACUUUGAAAGAAGACAGUUUCAAAGGACAUUGUUUCAGGUUGCGUUUUAAGCACAGAACUGUGGAAGCAAACCUGAUCUUAUCCAUUGUUUUUAUUAUCAGUUUUUGAGAAGCCCAAAUUUUGAAAGAAAAUCUUGAACUUGCCAACGAGAAUGCUAGUAGAUGGGAAAUGUGCAUUACAUCUUCGGGACAUUAGGCUAUAUUAAUUUUAAAUGUAUCUGGAGAGUCUCCAGGACCCUGUUGUAAAGUUGAAUACUUGAAGUUCUGAUACAGACUGACUGAUGACUCAUUAAAUUAAGUAGGGAAGGCAUCCCUCCUUGUGGAAGCCAUGCACCAAGUUAUCAAAAGCAAGAAAUAUUGUUUUAUGUAUCCUGCAUCCUGCUCUACUGCAUUCUUGAGUAACAAAGUUCAUGUAUGAGUUUUCUAAUUUAUUGGCUGUUAAUGUCCAGAGGAGUAAAAUGAGAUGCAACACUUGACUUUAAAGGAGGAAAAUGUGAAUAUUUAAUAUAGCCAUUUCAUGUUUUAGAAAUAAAAAUCAAGAGUUGUUACAUUUAUUAAAGGAUUUUGAUGCUAAAUGCCA